UUUGUUGUGAUGUUAAGUUUUAAACACGUCAACAACGUGAGUCAUUCACAAACGACUCUCGCUGCAGGUGGAGGCGUGAAAAUCCUCUUCGAGACUGAGCUCGGCGUCACAGAUUUCUAUCUUCCCGACAAAAGCUGCAUCCUGUACGUGUCCGAGUGCGACGUCGUAGCCGGAAACAGCUACAAGAGGAAACUGGUUCGGUACAGAAAUACCAGCAGCCGUUUCCAGGAGCUGGUGUUGGUGGAGAAGACCCGACUGAGCGAGCAGUACUUCUCUGCUGUGCAGAAGUUUGUGGUGUUGGACCUCGGCCUGACUCUGCUGCCGGUCAGCGGGCAGACGGAGGCCUCGCAGUUCAUCGCUCAGAUCGUCCACGGAGGCGGCAGAGACAACCCCUUCAGGAGGUCCAGUUUGUCCCGGCCGUUGGACCCAGCGGUCCUGGCUGUGGUCCAGCAGGUCCCUGGGGUGGGUCGGGUCAAAGCUCUGGCUCUGCUGCAGCACUUCUCCAGCAUUCAGCGGCUCUGCAGUGCCGGCCCUGCAGAGCUGGAGCCCGUGGUGGGUCAGGCAGCUGCUCAGCAAAUCCACAGCUUCUUCCACAAAGACACUGCUGCUGGAACGUGAGGCCGGUGCACAGGACCGGCUCUGGGUCGCCGUCGAACCAGGUUCAGGGACCAUUUGUGUUCACGACAGAGACUUUCCUCCUGGCUGAUGUCAGGAGGGAAACAUUUCAGCCACCGAUAUCUAUUGACUGAUUCCUACGAGGUCGUUAUCAAACCCUCAUGACAAAGAAAUGUCAUGAGGAUCAUUUCCACAACAAAUAAAUAUGUUGUUUAGCAUCAA